AUGGAGAAUCUUAGUAGAGAUGUUUUGUCAGUCAUUGAGAAUCCAGUAGUGGUCAGACAGUCUCUUCAUACACAACAACUAGAAGUGAAUGAAUCAGCUCAAAAUAAUCUCACCUGGAUCACAGAACUUCAGACUUUUCACCCAGUGUCUGGUAAAGUGUUAACCCAGAAGCUGUUGCGGGUAUUAGCAGCUGUUUGUGUACUCUGUCUGCUGGGAGGGGUUGUGGUUGGUGUUUGGUUUAUAGUGAAAGUUCUCCUAAGACCAAACUCAGAUCAGAGCCCUGCAAGUUUAGGAGACAACAAAGAUACCUCCUUCUGUAACAUAACAGAAGAAAUCUAUGUGACAGACCCCAGGAAAGUGUUUUACAGGAUCAGUGGUGAAAACUCUCUUCUGGAGAUUCAGCUGGAGAAACUACAGAUGUGGCUGCCCGUGUGUUUUGAGAGGUGGAACUCAUCUCUGGGAACUCUUGUAUGUCGACAGCUGGGAUAUCUGAGAUUAUCAAAGCACAAAGGUGUUAAUCUGACUGAUGUUGGGCCAAACUACACAGAUGGAUUUGUCCAAAUUACCUCUGAACACCAAAACAACUUGGAAAGAUUAUGGCGUUUCAGGGGAAGCUGUAGUACGGGAAAAAUCAUAGCUCUGAAAUGUUUUGAGUGUGGCACCAGAGCAAAAUUACCAAGGAUUAUUGGAGGAGAGGAAGCCACUUUAGGCAGAUGGCCCUGGCAGGUGAGUCUUUACUACAGUAACCGUCACACCUGUGGAGGAUCCAUCAUCACUAACCAGUGGAUAGUUACAGCUGCUCACUGUGUCCACAAUUACAGGCUACCUCAGGUGUCCAGUUGGGUGGUUUAUGCUGGUAUUGUUACCCGCAAUUCAGCUAAACUGGCUCAAUAUCAAGGCUUUUCUGUGGAGAGGAUCAUCCACAACAAGAAUUAUAACCACAGGACUCAUGACAAUGAUAUCGCUUUGGUUAAGUUAACAACUCCUUUGAAUUUCUCAGACACCAUUAGACCAGUGUGUUUACCACAGUAUAACCAAGAUCUCCCUGGAGGAACCCAAUGCUGGAUCUCUGGUUGGGGAUACACACAGCCAGAUGAUGUUCACAUACCAGAGGUUCUUAAAGAGGCACCUGUACCUUUGAUCAGCACAAAGAAAUGUAACAGCUCUUGCAUGUACAAUGGUGAGAUCACCGCUCGAAUGAUCUGUGCAGGAUACACAGAAGGGAAAGUGGAUGCGUGUCAGGGAGACAGUGGAGGUCCUCUGGUUUGUCAGGAUGAGAACAUCUGGAGGCUUGUUGGUGUUGUUAGUUGGGGAACAGGCUGUGCUGAGCCAAACCAGCCUGGUGUUUACACAAAAGUGUCGGAGUAUUUAGAGUGGAUUUAUGAGAUUAUAGAGGUUGGUAAAUGAAGACUUCAUUAAAGAGCUUUUUAAAGUCAAACUGCUGUUAAAUAAGUUUACUUAUUUAAUGUUGAAGUCUCAAGUUGUGCUUUUACAUUCUGUUCCAGAGCUACUAAAUCUCCAGACCUCUUUUUGCUGA